CCAGCCCCCACCCCCCGUCCCCGACCCGGUCCGCACCCCUCGCCGGCUGGGGCAGGGGAGCAGAGCCCAGCUGCUGGGCGAUAGCUCGACCUCUCGCCGGCCCGACUCCCCGCCCCGGCCUCAGAGCCUACCGAAUAGAGGGGUGCGGGGGAGGCGACCGUGGAGGUAGAGGUGGAAGCGACGGCGACGAAGCAUUCGGAUGACCGAGCCGCUGCCAUGAUCCCGCUGCCGCCCUCCGGGAGAUGCCUGAGCUCCCGAGCUAAGCAGAAAGGGUGGCGCUGACAGCUGCUGACCCGCGCUCAGCGGCCCGACCUCGCCCGGGGCGGCGGCACCCGCGGCAGACGCUCUUAGGGGCCCCGGGCGCCGCCAUCUUGGCCCGGACGGAAGCCGCGCUGAACCAAAACGCGAGCCCAGGCCCUGCCCCGGAAACGCGGAAGUCGGAGGGGGUCUCAUUGUUAAUUGCUGACCACCAAAAGCUUUGGGUCCUAACUCCGAAAGGUAUUUCUUCGGUCCCCCUACCCUUUUUCUCCCCUCGCCUCACACCCCGUAAUGGCUAAGGAGGAGAAGCCGGGACCAGAGGACUCUUCCAGCCCUGAGAACCUCCUGGAUACACUGCUGCACACCCUUUACGACUUCGGAGAGACCCUAGAUAAAAAGACAUUGAAAAGAAGGAAAAAUAAAAAGGACAAGAGAGAAUCAGCAACUGCAGAAGCCACGACAGUGGACACAGCCUUGCAGCCAGAGUCUCUUUGCAGAGGUCAAAAGAAAAGUGCUUCUAGCUUCUUCCAAAAGCUUAAGGAAGAGCUUCUUUGUGACUCUUCUGAGGGUUCCACUGGUCUUGCUCCUACAGAAGUCUCUGCAACAGUUUCCUCUACACCAUCGCUAAAAAAGGGAAAAAGAGGACCGGUGGAAGUGGUUGAGUUUCACAGCUGGAAUAAAAAGAAGAAAACUGAACUAGAACCACCCAAGGUUGAGGGCACAAAGACAAAAAUCAAUGCCCUUGAGAAGGACGUGGGUAUGCAAGAGUUUAAUUUGGAAAAGGCCCGUUUGGAAGUGCAUCGAUUUGGGAUCACUGGUUAUGGGAAGGGGAAAGAACGGAUUUUGGAACAGGAGAGAGCCAUCAUGCUGGGUGCUAAGCCUCCAAAAAAUAAUUACGUGAAUUACAAGGUUUUGCAGGAGCAGAUCAAAGAAAAAAAGGCAGCAAAGGAAGAAGAGAAAAGAAUGGUGCAGGUCACAGACGUGCUCAGAAAAAAGAAGAGGAAAGGUUCAGAGGAUAAUCGGAAAUCCAAAAAGAAGAGCUCAGCUCCCAGUAUUUUGUCAACAGGAUCAGCCGGACAGAUUGGAAAAUUCAAAAAUGGGACCUUGAUUCUGAGUAGCGUGGAUAUCAAGAAAAUAAAUUCUUCUAAAGUGACUAAAUGAAGCAUUUACUGAAUCACCUAAAGAGAAGAGAAGCUGAGAUAAGCCCUGUUAUCCUAAAGGAGGACAUCAGUUCAUUCAGAAAUUUCCUUCUUUUCACAUUUCCGCUUGACCUUUUUUUUCUUUUUGGCAACAUGGUUUAUUUUUAAAAAUUUGUUUUUGUUGGUAUCUUUUGUUUUUACAUCAUCUCCAUUAUGUCCUUCCUUCCUCCCGAAGAGUCAUGCCUUCUGACAAAAGGAAACAAAAAAAAGAAGAAAAAAAUUCAUUUAAACUAAGAAACAACUCAGAAGCCCAGUGUUGUGCUCUCUGCUUCGCAGACAAUGUCUUCCAACUGUCUGCAAAGAGAGAAGGCCAAACUCAGUCAUUAUCAUUUCCUAGAAUUGCAUUUCUAUUGUUUUAUUGUUGGUCUUUCGGUUUCCAAUAAGUAUGUUAUUUUCCUGGUUCUGUUUCACUCAGCAUCAGUUCGUGUAAUUCUUACCAUGCGCCUCUGCCUUCAUCAUUUCUUUCAGAUUUUCCACCAUAGUUUCUUUAGCUAUUAACCCACCACUACAAAAAGCGCUACUGAAAAUAACACAAGACUUCAAAGU